AAUAUUUGAAGUCGGGAUCGGGAUGUUUAACUCUACUUUUCUUUUCCCAAUAACACUUCAACAUGGACACUAAAGAUGUAGCGGUAUUGAAGCUCAACGAUACUACAGAGGUUUCCGUUCACUUGCAUGGUGCCACUAUAAUAUCCUGGAAAUGCAAGGCCCAAGAAGUGCUGUUUGUCAGUAAAAAUGCAUUGUUUGACAACAAAAAGGCCAUCCGUGGAGGAAUACCUCUUGUUUUCCCAUGCUUUGGCCCAUGGGAAAAGGGACCUCAACAUGGAUUUGCAAGAAUAAAAAGAUGGAGGAAAGAAUCUGAAUCGAAACAGAACAAUGGCAGAGCCUCUAUGUCAUUUUCACUAGAGGAUGAUGAAGAGACAAGAAAAAUGUGGGAUUACAGAUUUAAACUUGUAUACAAUGUUGAUCUGGGAGAAAAUGAUUUGAAGCUUACUUUGACUGUCAACAACAAUGACUUCAAGGCUUUUGAUUUCACCACUUUGAUGCACACUUACUUCAGAUGCCCCGAUAUAGCAGAUGUCGGGAUUCAUGGAUUAGAAGGACUACAGUACAAUGAUAAGGUUCAGAAUUA